AUGAUUUUCACCGGACGGAUAUACACUUUAUUUCUGAUUGCUGAUCUGCUAGGAGUUUUCGGCUUCACGGGUACUUCUGAAAGUGAAUAUGAACGCAAUUUAGCCCAACUGAAUGCUUUGAUGCGAUCCGAAAACCUCUCGAUGGAUUUGCGAAAAAAGUUGGUGAACUACUACGAAUGUAAAUAUAUGAAGAACCAUUUCAACGAGGACGAGAUUUUUUCUGCUAUGGACGACUUCAUGAAAACAGAGCUACUUUUAUUCAGCGCAAGAAAACUCUUACUGAAAAUAGAAGCUUUUCAAUCGAUUCCGAGAACACAAUUCGUGGACCUGUUCAUGCACAAAAAAUCCACAAUUUAUUUACCCAACGACGUGAUUUCAAAAAGAGGGUCUACAGUAGAUAAGAUUUACUUUAUUUGUUAUGGAACCGUAGCUGUUUUGAACGCUAAAGAUCGAGAAAUAAUUCACAUUAAAGAUGGGGAUCACUUCGGCCUCAUAUCUUAUUGGACGUCACCCGAUUUACAACAUAUUUUCUCUCAUGUUGCCGUGGAGACAUGCGAAAUUUUCAUGGUCAGUACGAAGAUAAUGAAUGAAUUUUUCUAUAGGAACCAAGAAGCUAAAAAAUAUUUUGAGAAUAAAGCGAGAGAAACAAUUCAACUAUACAAACUUAUCGACAAAACCAUAUCUAGAGGUGGGACCGAUUUAUUAUCUGAUUUGAGGGGAAAACUGCUGUUCGAAGUUCCCAAGCUGAGACCAUUCGCAAGAGACUGA